GAUAUCACCAUCAGCACUUCGUGCAGGGCAGAUUGAGAUCCCUCUCCACCCCCCACUUCUCUCACACCCACACCAAUUCUCCCUCCCCCCUCGAAGAUCUGCCGUCCAAGUCCCGACUGGAUUUUGCACUCCUUGGGAUCUUGGUCCAGCCACAGGUCAGAGGCACCCUGGGAUUUGUAAACUUUUGAUUAAAUCAGAAGCUUUUACCUCUUCCUCUUGAGAUCACUUCCUUAGAGGAGCCUUGAACCUGGUUUGGAAUCAUGCCUCUCUCUGGAACACCUGCCCCUCCCAACAAGAGGAAAAAAACAUCCAGAAUCAUCACUGACCUCUCCCAUGUCACUCAGAAUGAGUAUGAGUCAGAGCCUGAGGCCUCAGAGUUUGACUUGGGGACGAAGAUCCGAGCACCCAAGGACAUCAUGCUGGAGGAACUGUCCUUGAUGAAGAACAAAGGUUCCAAGAUGUUCAAAAUGAGGCAGCAGCGUGUGGAGAAGUUCAUCUAUGAGAAUAAUCCUGACCUCUUCAGCCCCGAGUCUAUGGAUAACCUCCAGAGGCUGGUGCCUAGCCUUGGGGGCCAGAUGAUGGAUGUUGGUGGCCGUCUGGUCAGUGUACAGAUGGUUGGCCAGGCUGGUGUUGGCGGGCAUGCACCUGUGCCCCCUCCCAAACCAGGAAGCUUGGGCAAGGGGGUAGGAUAUGGGAUAGCUGGAGGCGGAACAGCUACCGGAGGCGCAGCAGGGGCAGCAGGGGCAGCAGGGACAGCAGGGGCAGCAGGGGCAGGAGGAAUAGUUAUCGGAUUGGCAGUUGCCUCUCAGAGUGAGGACAGUGCUAAGGCUGCUUCAGAGAAGGCUAAAAAAAGAAAAGAAUAUGUGAAGACAUAUGUUUCCCCCUGGGAACGAGCCAUGAAGGGCAAUGAGGAGCUCAUGGCUACCAUGAAGCCGUAUAUGCCAGGUCCCUGUGUUCAUCGUGACCUGCCGAAAUACAAGACCUUCAACAGGUCCGCUAUGCCCUUUGGAGGCUUUGAGAAAGCUGCUCAGCUGAUGACCUUCCAGCUGCCGGACAUUGAUGUGGCAACGGAGGAACCUGAGCCUGCAGUGGUGUAUCAGCAUGACAUCAGCUCGCGACCCUCCUUCAACCGCACUCCCAUUGGCUGGGUGGGCAGUGGGGAACCAGGUAACAUUCACCUGGAGAUGGAAACCAUCCCAUUCGAUGGGGAGACCGAUGACCUGUGAAGAUUGAACCUCAUGAUCCCCCAACAACUCCUGCUUUAACCCCCUAUCCCAUCCCUUUACCACCCCCUCCUCUCUCUCUCUCUUUCUCCCUCUUUCUCUCUCUGUCUCUCACAAGCCUAUCCAUCAACACUCGUCUCACGGAUCAGCUUUAUAACAUGUAUAACACACUGUGUGUGAAAUAAGUAAUGAUCCAAAGUAGGCAGCAUUCUUUCAACAUACAUUUAUGAAACUAAAUGGAAGAACUGUGAGUAAAGUUAUCAUGAUUACAAUCAAGCAAUCCAGCAGGUGUACCACCAUUUCCUUAAUGUACACAUUUAACCUACACUGUCCCAAUGUGCCUUUUUUGUGCAACGUUCUGCUGUCCAACUGUGCGCUAAAGAAGAGAUUUAUGCAUGAAGUUGACUAAGAGAAUUCUACUGAAUGUGAGGAGAGUAAAGUUUUUUGUUUUGCUUUGUGUUUAUUCAGCAUGUUGAACUGUAGAGGUGGAUUGAUGAACACUUUUGGACAGUGAGCAGCGAAGUUAAUGUUGGUGAAUUACAUUGCCAGGAAAGGUAGCAUCUUCACUGAAAGUAGUUAAGUUACAGUAAUGUCCAUGCAGAUAAGAGUAGUUAGUUACUUUAAAAGUACUUUUAACUGUGCCUAGCUGAUCAGAGGGGUGCCUCACCUAACACAUGCUAUGGAUGAUUUACUGACCUGAUUUUGUUCAAUCUGUUUAAUCGUGCAACAUGCUGACCCAUUGUUGUUUGGCAUUUAAUAUAAUAAAUUACGAGAUAAGCUCUUGCAAACUCCACUAUCUGGGGUUGCAGUUAAAUAA